GGCGGCCUCCUGGGGGCCUCCUCUAGCUCUGGUAGCUCUGGAGCUGUGGGGGCUGACCCAGCUGGGUGUAGUGUCCUGGCCUGGCGGGAGGGGCGGCCUGGGUUCGGGUCGCGCCUCUUGGAGCCGCCCCCGGGACAUCAGUCCUGGAGGAGGCGAGGUUGUUGAGAAGACUAUGAACAAGUCAGAGAACUUGCUCUGUACUGGUUCCUCAUUAGCAUCUCAAGUUCAUGCUGCUGCUGUUAAUGGAGAUAAGGGUGCUCUUCAGAGGCUCAUAAUAGGAAACUCUGCUCUUAAAGACAAAGAAGAUCAAUUUGGGAGAACACCACUUAUGUACUGUGUGUUGGCUGACAGAUUGGAUUGUGCAGAUGCUCUCCUGAAGGCAGGAGCAGAUGUUAAUAAAACUGACCAUAGCCAGAGAACAGCUCUCCAUCUUGCAGCUCAAAAGGGAAAUUAUCGUUUCAUGAAACUCUUACUUACACGCAGAGCAAACUGGAUGCAAAAGGAUCUAGAAGAGAUGACUCCUUUGCACUUGACCACCCGGCACAGGAGCCCUAAGUGUUUGGCACUCCUGCUGAAGUUUAUGGCACCAGGAGAAGUGGAUACACAGGAUAAAAACAAGCAAACAGCUCUGCACUGGAGUGCCUACUAUAACAACCCUGAGCACGUGAAGCUGCUUAUCAAGCAUGAUUCCAACAUUGGGAUUCCUGAUGUCGAAGGCAAGAUCCCACUUCACUGGGCAGCCAACCAUAAAGAUCCGAGUGCCGUCCAUACAGUGAGAUGCAUUCUGGAUGCUGCUCCAACAGAGUCUUUACUGAACUGGCAAGACUACGAGGGUCGAACACCUCUUCACUUUGCAGUUGCUGACGGGAAUGUGACAGUGGUUGAUGUCUUGACCUCAUACGAAAGCUGCAAUAUAACAUCUUAUGAUAACUUAUUUCGAACCCCACUUCACUGGGCAGCUUUACUAGGCCAUGCACAGAUUGUCCAUCUCCUUUUAGAAAGAAAUAAGUCUGGAACUAUCCCAUCUGACAGCCAAGGAGCAACACCCUUGCACUAUGCAGCUCAGAGUAACUUUGCUGUAACUUUACAUGCUGCUGCUCUUUCUGGCCAUGUCAGCACAGUGAAGUUAUUAUUGGAAAAUAACGCUCAAGUAGACGCUACUGAUGUCAUGAAACAUACUCCACUUUUCCGAGCCUGUGAGAUGGGACACAAAGACGUGAUUCAGACACUUAUUAAAGGUGGAGCAAGGGUAGAUCUAGUUGACCAAGAUGGACAUUCUCUUCUACAUUGGGCAGCGCUGGGAGGAAAUGCUGAUGUUUGUCAGAUAUUGAUAGAAAAUAAGAUCAAUCCCAAUGUGCAAGAUUAUGCAGGAAGAACCCCUUUGCAGUGUGCUGCAUAUGGAGGAUAUAUCAACUGCAUGGCAGUUCUCAUGGAAAAUAAUGCAGACCCUAACAUUCAAGACAAAGAGGGAAGAACAGCUUUGCACUGGUCCUGUAACAACGGAUACCUUGAUGCUAUUAAAUUACUACUAGACUUUGCUGCUUUCCCUAAUCAGAUGGAAAACAAUGAAGAGAGGUACACACCCCUUGAUUAUGCUUUGCUUGGUGAGCGCCAUGAAGUUAUCCAGUUCAUGUUGGAGCACGGCGCCCUGUCCAUCGCAGCCAUACAAGACAUUGCUGCCUUCAAAAUCCAAGCUGUCUACAAAGGGUACAAGGUCAGAAAAGCUUUCCGAGACCGGAAAAAUCUCCUCAUGAAGCAUGAACAGUUGAGAAAAGAUGCAGCUGCCAAAAAACGGGAGGAAGAAAACAAGCGAAAAGAGGCAGAACAGCAGAAAGGAAGGUGUAGCCCAGAUUCCUGCAGACCCCCAGCCCUAACGUGUCUGCCCAGCACCCAGGAUGAGCCCAGCAGGCAGAGCUGUGCCCCUAGCAAACAGCCUCCUGCUGGCAACACGACCCAGGGCCCUGAGCCAAGAGACUGCAGAGGGUCUCCAGGAGGGCCUCUAGGCAGGGGACCCCAGAAGGAACAGAAUGUCUCCUCAGACUUGCAGGGAACAAACUCCAGAAAGCCAAAUGAAACAUCCAGAGAACAUUCUAAAGGCCAAUCUGCCUGUGUCCACUUCAGACCCAGUGAAGGCAGUGAUGGAAACAGGCAUCCAGGAGUCCCCUCUGUUGAGAAGUCCAGAGGUGAGACAGCUGGUGAUCAGCGGUGUGACAAGGGGAAAGGCUUCUUGAAGCAGCCCCCCUGCAUUAGGGGGGCUAGGCCUGAUGAGAAAGGAGAGGACCCCCAUCGGGCAGGUACAAGCCUCCCACAGCAGGACAGCCACCGGAAGCCCAGGAGGUGGCAUGACACAGCACCCACAGCCAAAUGUGCCCCCCAGAAAAGGCGCAUUCAAGAGCUCAAAGGAGGAAGGUGCUCCCCGGCUGGUUCCAGCCGGCCCGGCAGUGCCAGGGGAGAGGUGGUCCAUGCUGGGCAGAAUCCUCUCCACCAUCGCACACCAAGAAGCAAAGUGACACAGGCCAAGCUCACAGGAGGGGUCUAUUCAGAUGUGCCACAGAGCACAGAGGAGUUGAGGUCAGGAGCCAGGACGAUGGGGACAUCUAUCCUUUAUGAGGACGUUCAGGUAUCUCAGGAGACUGAUCCGGCACCUGGUCCCCCCUCUGGGCAGAAUGUGAAUAUUGACCUUCUCCCCGUAGAGCUCCGACUGCAGAUAAUCCAGAGAGAAAGAAGUAGGAAAGAGCUGUUUCGCAAAAAGAACAAGGCAGCAGCAGUCAUCCAGCGUGCCUGGCGAAGCUACCAGCUCAGGAAGCACCUGUCCUACCUUCUGCAUAUGAAGCGGCUUGGAGCUGGCAACGUGGACAGAUGGAACCGAGAAUGUACAGUGUUGCUCCUCCAGGUUUGGAGGAAGGAACUGGAACUAAAGCUCCCAAAGACCAUCGCAGUAAGCAGGGCCCCCAAGAGUCCAUCCAAGGGCACCUCAGGCACAAAGUCGACCAAGCACUCGGUGCUCAAGCAAAUCUACGGUUGUUCUCAAGAAGGGAAAGUACAUCAUCCCCCAAGAUCUGCAAAAGCCCCCUCUGUGCUGCGUCUCAAUUCAGUGAGCAACUUGCAGUGUAUACAUCUCCUUGAAAACAGUGGAAGAUCAAAGAACUUUUCUUAUAACCUGCAAUCAGCUACUCAAUCAAAAAACAAAACAAAACUCCGACUGCCUGUGGAGGAAGACCGUGUUCGAGGGAGCUGGAAUAGAUAGUGCAGAGUUCUGAUUCUCCGCUGAUUAUCUUUUACAUCUUGGGAAAACUUUAGUAUCUAUGCCUGAAGCCUUAUUAGCCUACAAAUGCGGUAACUCAAAAUGUUAGAGUAUUUUCUUUCUGCUUUUACGUAGUACUGUUUUGGAAACCAUCAGAACAUAAGCACU